AUGGCGUGCCUCAGUUUCCCCUUCUGUAAACAGGCAGGCCGAUUGCUAUGUGUCUGCCUUAGAGAGGAAAGGAACCAGCUGGAUUUGCAGUGGGCAGGCCAGGCUGGGGUAGAGUCUGGAUUUCAGCCUUCAGCAAACUUCCUCCUCACCUUUCCCGUCCUGCCCCCCACCCCAGACAUCCCGGUGCUGAGCUUCGAGAAUGGGGAGAAGUCCACAGUCCUCUUCUAUGACGCCGGAUCUGAGCAGCUGUAUGUUGGAGGCAGGGGGGUGCUGCGUGUCUUGACGUUUAAGGAGGCGGAGUUCAACCAGACCCAGGUUCCCCUGCAGGUCGACGAGAAGGCGGAGAAGACAUGCAGGAGCAAGCCUGGGGCAGUGCAGGCUGAGUGUGACAACUACAUCCAGGUGAUCCAGAGGCUGAACGGCAGCUCCCUCAUCGCCUGUGGCACCAACGCUGGGUCCCCCAAAUGCUGGUUCCUGAGCAACACCACGAAGCUGCAGCAGGACCAGCGGGGCCAAGCCGUCACCAUCAGCGGGGAGAACCUCGCCCCAGGAUCCCCAUCGCAGCCAGCUGCAGCCAUCGCUGUGGAGGGCAACCUGUACUCGGCGUUGUCCCGGGACAAAAGCACCAUCCAGAGGAGCUAUGGCCCGAGGAAGCUGCUGAGGACAGAAGACAGAUGGCUAACCGAUGCAGAAUUCGUCAGCGCUGCCUGGGUGCCGGAAAAGGAGACCAACCUGGAUGAAAUCUAUUUUUUCUACAACGAAGUCAACAAGACAGCGGGGCUGGAUGAAGAGCCGAUCAAAGCCCGGCUGGGCCGCGUGUGUAAGGUGGACGAAGGCGGGAAGAGCAUCCUGGUCGAUUUCUGGACCACGUUCCUCCAGGCGAGGCUGGUGUGCGGUGGCCCCGCCCAUCCACAACGCUUCAACCAACUGCGCGACGCCGUGGUCCUGGGCGAGGGGAAUUUGAACUUUGCACCCACCUCUGCCUCACUGGUUUGA